GAAUCUUCGUGAAAUGGUAAGUGGUGUUGAAAAAAACGCAAUUUUGCAAAGUCUCAAAUAUAUUGUUGAUAACAAUUUUUUUGGAGUUGUUACAAAUGAUUCUUUAAAAAAUGCGAAAGGUCCUCUAAUCGAA